AUCCCUUUUUGUGCUACAAAGUCGUAAGCCAUGGUGAAAGACAAGAAGAAACAAGACAAGAAGGAAAAGAAGAAGAAGAAAAAGGCAUCUCAGCAGCAGGAAGUUCGAACUUAUUUUCCAGAAGCUCUGUUGGAAUAUCAAAUACAGAUAAAAGAUGAGGUCAUCGAUCAGCUUCUGUUUGAAAUCAAACGCUACGAAGAAAUUAAUGAGAGAUGCAAUGAAAGGAACCGGAAUCUAAAGACAGAACAGACUGGUAACAUCCGGGCACUUCUGGCCGCCCUGAAAGAGCAGGAGAAGGAACUAGAGAAACUUGAGGUUGUGACCAGGGACGAUGUGGAGAAAGCCAUGAAGGACAAGUGGCAGUACAUUAAGGACCAGGAAAAACUGAUUAAAGACAUGCGCUCUCAGAUCAACAGUUUUGAGCAAAAGCUUCUGGUGAAACAAGCGGAUGUGGACUACUGGCUGGAGUAUAAAAACGUGGGGAGUGCUGACCAUGCCCAACAAAUCCAGAGCCUAGAGCAAGACAUCAAGAAGCUCAAGGAAGACCUUGAGGAAAUGACAGAAUAUUUUAGACUUGCUCUAGAAGAAACAAAGCAAAAAAUCGACAAAUACACACUGAAGCAAAUGGAACUCAAGAAAGAAUGGGCACUGAGGUAUAAUGCCGUUAAGCACAUCGACAGCAUCAGCUGCCGGGAGAUUAAAGAAUAUGAGUGGCUGAAGGAAGAGGUUGCCCAUUAUAGGAAGGAGGUGGACGAAAUGGAAGCCGCCGCCCACGACCUGGAGCAGGAGAACGUCUACCUCAUCAAGAAGCUCUAUGACCGUAGGCUCCACUACCUGAGAGUGCCCAGAAAGUUAUUCCUUACUCAGGGUGCCGGCCUGCAGAUUACAGCGGAAGAACUGGAGAAAAUGGAAUCCAAGGAUGCUACAGGACAAGCCGCAUCCCUCCAGCUCUCUCCCCUGCUGUAUCCAAACCUACAGGAGGCUGUGACUGCUGCCACCUCCUGCGAAAUGAAAUCGCUGGGCUCCGCCUCUGAAAUCAUCCUCGCCAUGGACAUGGACCAGAAGGGACAGGGAGGAGAGCAGUCCAACCUUCCUUCCGAACUGGUCUACCUGCGAGGGCAGACGGCCUCCCAGUUCCUUCCUUCGCUUCUGUAUGAAGACACAGCUGACUUCAAGGAGUACACAGAGCUGGGGCCUUUGGGGGUAAAGCUCAUGAGCGUGGUCGGCCGCGCCGCGCCCAUUCACCAAGAUAUUAAAGAGAUGCCCAGCCGAACCCAGCUCGAAGAGAGAUACGACAGCAGCCAGGCGUCCCGCUGCAUCACCUACCAGAUGGUCAGGUCUGCGUUGCUUUGAGACAGAAGGCAGAGGCAAGGAAAGAAGAAAAGACACAAGCUUCAGGUUAUGGAGGCGCAACCAGUGUGCGACUGCAGCAGUAAGCUUCUAUUAAAAAAAAAAAAGAUUUAAA